AUGGAUUUACGAGAAGAAAGUUCAAGACUUGGAUCGACGUUAAGAAAUUUAUCAUCUUCAUCGACGUUAUUCUUCUCUGCAAAUCAAUCACCAUUUUUCUCUCCAAGAUCAUCAUCAUGGCAACCAGCUGAGCUUUCAGAAACUCUUUGUGAUGAUGUCGCCAUUAAUGCUGCAAGCACCUCCAGCGAUCUACAAAACUUCGACAACUUCCAUGAAAACGAAGCUUUUGAAAUCGUGGAAAAGUCAAAGAAAGUCGUGAGAAGUCCAAUCUCCUCCUUUACGCCGCCGUCAACGUCGUACUGUACAACAAGGUUAAGAAGCUUCGACGUGUACAUAGGAUUUCAUGGACGGAAACCGUUACUGUUACGUUUUGUAAAUUGGCUUCGAGCUGAUUUAGAAGUACAAGGAUUGAGUUGCUUCGUUACAGACAGAUCAAAAUGUAGAAACUCACGAAAGCAUGGAAUUGUAGAAAAAGCCAUGGACGCAAGUACAUUUGGGGUUGUUGUUUUAACAAGAAAAUCCUUCAGGAACGCUUACACGAUUGAAGAGCUAAGAUUCUUUUCGAGUAAGAAGAAUUUGGUCCCGAUUUUUUUUGAUGUGGGGCCCGAUGAUUGUCUUGUGAGAGAUAUAGUUGAAAAGCGAGGCGAGACAUGGGAGAAACAUGGAGGUGAGCUAUGGCUUGUUUAUGGCGGAUUAGAGAAUGAAUGGAAAGAUGCAGUGAAUGGUUUGACACGUGUUGAUGAAUGGAAGCUUGAAGCUCGCGAUGGAAAAUGGCGGGAUUGUAUUCUUCGAGCUGUGACGCUUUUGGCUUUGAGAUUAGGAAGAAGAAGCGUUGUUGAUAGGUUAACGAAGUGGCGUGAAAAAGUUGAAAUCGAAGAGUUUCCGUAUCCUAGAAGUGAGAAUUUCAUCGGGAGAAAAAAGGAACUUUCAGAGCUCGAAUUCAUGUUGUUUGGUGAUGUGAUUGGGGAGAGAGAACGAGAAUAUUUUGAACUUAAAGCGAGAGGAAAGAGGAGGGAGGUGAAAACGGAGAUUAGAAGUAGGCGGCGGAAAGGGAAAGAGCCGGUGGUUUGGAAGGAAUCGGAGAAGGAGAUUGAAAUGCAGAAUGGGGACCACGACGGCGACACCCACUUUUCUUCACCGAAACCUAAACCAGGGAGACGGAAACGAGCGGUGAAAGUUGUGUACGGAAAGGGAAUCGCGUGUGUUUCCGGCGACUCUGGAAUCGGGAAAACGGAAUUACUUCUGGAAUUCGCUUACAGGUUUCAUCAGAGGUACAAGAUGGUGUUGUGGAUCGGAGGUGAGAGUAGAUACAUUCGUCAGAAUUAUUUGAAUUUAUGGUCGUUUUUGGAAGUCGAUGUGGGGGUGGAGACUGGAUUAGAGAAAACCAGAACGAAAAGCUUUGAAGAACAUGAAGAAACCGCCAUAGCUAGAAUUAGAAAAGAGCUUAUGAGAAACAUACCUUUCUUAGUAGUAAUUGACAAUUUGGAAUCUGAAAAGGAUUGGUGGGAUCAUAAACAUGUAAUCGAUCUUCUUCCUCGAUUUGGGGGAGAAACUCAUGUUCUUAUAUCCACACGUCUGACACGAUUACUGAACAUGGAGCCAUUAAAGCUUUCAUACUUAUCAGGCGUUGAAGCAAUGUCUCUAAUGCAAGGAAACAUGAACCUGAACAUGAACGAUCGUACCAUUUCGGUUUUGGAAAUUGAUGCAUUACGUUCGAUUGAAGAGAAACUUGGGAGAUUGACUUUAGGUUUAGCCAUUGUUGGAGCUGUUCUUUCUGAACUUCCGAUCACUCCAAGCCGACUUCUGGAUACAAUCAAUCGAAUGCCUUCAAACGGAAGAGAAAGAGAAAGCAAUACAUUACGUCGAAACACAUUUCUAUUUCAAUUGAUCGAGGUUUGUUUCUCCAUAUUCGACCACGCAGAUGGCCCACGAAGCUUAGCGACUCGAAUGGUUCUCGCAAGCGGGUGGUUCGCACCAGGUCCAACUCCGGUUCCAUUACUGGCCCUCGCCGCUAAACAGAUCCCGGAAAAACACCACCGGACACGAUUAUGGCGGAAGAUUUUACGAUCAUUGACGUGUGGUUGUUCAUCGUUAUACGAUAAGAAAUCGGAAACGGAAGCAUGUUCAGUUUUACUCCGAUUCAACAUCGCCAGAAAUUGCACAAAAGACGGUUACAUCCAUUUCAAUAAUUUAACGAAGCAGUACGUACGGAAACGAAGCAUACCAGGAACCGCCCACGCGGUGGUGCAAACGGUGGUGACACGUGGCACAGUGAUUCACAACUCAGAUCAAAUUUGGGCCGCGUGUUUCUUACUAUUGGGAUUUGGAAACGAUCCAGUGGUAAUUGAAACAAAAGCAUCGGAAUUACCUUUUCUAGUCAAAGAUGUAAUCUUACCUCUUGCGAUAAGAACAUUCAUCCGAUUCUCCCGAUGCACUGCUGCUUUAGAGCUUUUACGAUUAUGCACAGACGCACUGGAAGCGGCAGAUGAAGCGCUGGUGACGCCGGUGGAAAAAUGGCUGGAUAAAUCGUUGUGUUGGAAACCGAUUCAAACAGACGCUCAAUUAAACCCUAGUUUAUGGCAAGAUUUAGCUCUUUCUAGAGCGACUGUUCUUGAAAUUAGGGCAAAAUUGAUGCUGAGAGGAGGACAAUUCGACAUUGGAGAUGACUUGAUACGUAAAGCGAUCUUCAUUAGAACUUCUAUAUGCGUUAUGGUUUUGACGACUUUGAAGAAAAUUGGGGGGAAUCAAAUGCAGCAGUUUACAAGAGUUUCUGUUAUCGGGAAUGUAGAGAAAUUUUAUAGUAUUUGUGCGCAUUACAUUUCUGUUUUCAUGGUUGCAAAAUGA